GCUCUCUUCAUCGCGAACUGGGCCUCCUCCAUCACCCCCAUCACGAUACCCAGCCAUGGCAGUCCGAUCACUCGGGGCGUUUGCCCUCGCAUCUGCAUGCGCCGUCUCUGCCUUCCAGAACACGUCUCCUUUCUUCCUGUUCUCCAACACCGACCAACUCCAGCCCUUCGAUAACGCCAGCCCCCGGCUUCUCAGCGCGAACACGCUCAAUUCCUAUCUCAAGCGGUCACUCGCAGAAUGUGCGCCAUCGGGGACACCACAUAACUACAUCGUCGUCCACCAACUCGGCGCCUCCACAUGCGACUAUCAAGACGACAAGUCCACGCCCUACCUUUCCGGAUGGCUGGACGGAAGCGAUCCCCAGAUCAAACAGAGCAUAGUCGUGCCAGAGGUCGUGGGCCAGGUCUAUCUAGAGACAAUACAGAUGACUAUCGGCGAGAAAUGCAAAGGAACAUUUGAAUGGAUAAACAUCAAGGACCUGUCGGAUCACACAGCUUACCAAACCAGGGUUAGCGGAAGCCCGCGAGUCAUCACGAUAGUGUUUCCCGCCCUCCCGGUGCAGGACUCUGCCGAGAAGCUCGCUGAGAACGACGCUUUCCUCUCCGACUUCAUCCACAACCACAUGAAAGACGAGCAGUGGACUGUCAUCUAUGUGACAACGCCCAGAGAUGGGCUUGAAGAGGUCGUGGCACAGACAUACGAGAUGGAUGAACCUUUCCUAGGCACCACCAACAUCGAAUUAAAACGAGACGUCGACAGCCACGCGAAUGAGAAGGUGCUGGAGGGCGGUCUUUUCGAGAAAUACAUGUUCCUUUCCCCAGGUCUCUUCAUGGGCCUUACAGCUGUCGUUCCCCUCUUCCUCAUUCUAUACGUCGGUAUCACUGCUCUCACGAGCCUCGAAGUGUCGUACUUCGCUUUCAGCAAAGAAAUGGGCCCGGCAGGGCAGAAGAAGCAAUAGGAGAUUGUGUAUAUUGUGUAAGGAAGGCUGUGUAUGGGAUUGGAGUCAUGGCGCAGGUCUAAAGAUCUACCGAUAGUUAUAGCGGAAUGAAUUGAUUGGUUUCUGGAGACGAACGUGUGGAUGGAUGCAUGAUCGCCCUACCGGUCAUCUAAUCGGUGCACCUACACCUCUAUUCCUACUCAUUCAUCGCUUCUCACACAGGCGCUAGGCCACACAUCUCUGUGUUCGAUACACUUCCAGUCAUGAAUUUCCC